GGCCCCUCUUCUUCAUUUCGCUGUUCGCGGGGGAGGCUGAGAUUUGAGAUUUCUACCUCAGGUCUCUUCGUCUUCUAAAUAGCCGCCACGCAUAAACCUGGCACAUCUUCAAUGAACCGAACGAGGGGAUUUCCUGAAUUAACGCUUGCGCUUGAAGAGCGCGAAUGUGAAGAUGUUGGAAGCUAAGAGUCUGAAGAAAGCAGUGGUUCCAUCUACUCUUAUUCAGGACCCAUCGCCUGGAAGCCUCCAGUCAACUCGCCUCGCUGUCCAUGUUAGCGAAGACCCAAGAUUUUGUUUGGUAUACGUAGCUUCCGGUUGUGACAUUUACAAGCUCCAGAUUACGCUGGAAGAAUCUUCAGUUUGUAAAGGAAAAGAAGGUCUUUUGAUCCCUGAACAAACUGAGGUUAUUGACUCUUCAUUAGUCAAUCGCUGCCCUCAUCGUUCAGAAAUUCAGAGUAUUGUUCUUGCUGAAGCUGGAAGCCAUGGCUACUUGACUUUAGGAAGUGUGGAUUCUUAUGGUCAUCUUAUUGUAUCAAAGUUAGAUACUUCGGGUAAAGAUGUUGACAUGCUUACAUACUCAGUAUCGCCUAAUGACUAUGGAAUAGGAGAAGGAAGUUGGUCAGGACUCUGCUUUAGCCCAAGUCAAUGGUUUAUGGCUGCUGUUGCUCGCAGUUUUUGCAAAAAUAUUGACAUUUAUGAUCAAGAUAUACACAUUCGUACCUUAAGAAUGCUGUGGUACCCCACUUCAUUAAACUUCAUGCAAAAUGUAGUUAGUGGAGAUGGAGGUUCUAUCUUAGCUGUUACUGAAGGUUGCCAGCUGACUAUAUGGGACUUGAGAAUGAACGAGAAUGGUGGUUGUAUACAUCGAAUAUGUGGUUCCCCUGGUGAUAUAUACUAUUCUGUUUGCAGUUCUUCGACUGGCAAUGUUGCUGUGGGUGGAGCUGAUCGCACAGUGACCAUUUAUGAUCCUCGCAGAUGGUCAGCUUUAUCUAGAUGGGUGCACUGUUCAAAAUAUGAGAUAACAGGACUUGCUUUCUCAACAGUUGAUCCCAACUAUAUCUAUGUACAAGGGGUUGAUUAUGAGGUCUUUUGUGGACAAUGGAAAGAAAGCAACAAAUUAUUUUCCUUUAGAGGAGACUCAAACUGGCUUGGCUUUAGCAAGUGCUCCAACAUGGAUGUUUUGGGUGGAUGGUGUGAUUCAGGAAGCAUAUUCAUCACUGAUGUUGGUGGUGGGUGAAACAGAAAAAAUGUCAUCUGUUCAGUUAUAUCAUCACUGAAGAUAUCUUUUUGUAGUUGUAGUAACCAUAGUAUGCAUGGGGUGGGGAUUAGUAGUAUUGUGUACACAAGUUUCCCAGGAAAUUGAGUUAGACAUGGUAAUGGCAUUUCUAAUCAUGGCUUGUGAGCUGAGAGCCUGAGAGCACUGAAUGAAAUGGGCUUUGUUCUGCUUCAUUUAUGAAAUGGCAUUUCAAGCUACCCAAAAUUUAAUAUUAUUAAUUUUUUGGGAAAUAUCUAGGCUAAUUCAACUGGUCUCAAGAAGGGCAUUAGUGAGAUUUAUGGCAUCCAUGAACUUGGUCAUUCUGUGGAAAUCUGCAUUUGCUUCCUGCAGAAGUCAUGCUUUUCUUGGCUUGUCUUGUAUCAACGUCUGUUGGAACUUAGUUAAACUUUUAGCAUACUAUGAUAUAUUUAUGUUGUUCUGUUAGCCCGCAGAUCAUGGAGGCUUUCUUUUUCUCUCAAAAGUAUUGUGGUUCAUAGUCACUUGUGGCCUAUUUGAUUCUUUUAUAAAAAGUGAUUCAACUGUCCCGGAAAUUGCUAUGA